AACAUUUCAUUAUUGCCAAUGCAAAAUGGGGUCAGCCGCAUCACACAGGCGAUGACCUCACUUGGCAGCUUCUCUUGCUUCUACUUUGUUAUUUCCUUCUUCCAACGAAACAAAUCCACUUUGGUUCACCAACUUUGUGUGAAUUCUGGAAUCUUUGAAGUGGGUGACACUAUUCUAUGCGCAACAAAACAAAGCUCAAAUUGGUGUCAUCGCGUUCCGCAAGGUGACAAGAUUAGUUUGUUCAACUUUGCCUUUGCUUUUCUCUUCAACUUUGGUGGGGUUAGGUGAGAAACAAAAACUUUAUAGACCUAGUCUUAUUAUUUUCUCUUUUUGGUUGCACAAUCUCGCGUGGGUUCUUGGUAGUUGCUGAUAUUGAUAAGAGAAUUGCGAAACCCAUGUGGCAAAAUAAACCCUGUGGCACAUUUCGUGCUGUGUUCUAGAACUUGGACUUUCUACAUGGAUGUUUGGCGGCCGGAGUUUGACUAGUUGUGUAAGGGUUUGUUCUAUCUUAGUGUGGAAUCCAGAAAUGGAAUCAAAUUUGUGUUUUGUUUCUUUAUGAGGUGAUUAAUGUGAAGUUGUUAUGGCUGCUUGAGAGAAAAUAAUUAUGAAGUCUGUGUUAUGAAUUAGCUAUUUCUUAAUCUAUCUAUUAUUUGGUUUAAGAUCAAUACUUUGUAGCGAAACAAAUCUGAACUUGGAGCUUGGGCUUACGACUGUGAAAAGGUUUUUUAAAUACUGGUGAGCACCAUAAAUUUGGUGUAGAAGAUGGUUGAAACUAUUGAAGCAACUGGUAAUUCCAUGUGCUCAAAUGGGUUGAUUCAAAACUCCAACGUUUCUUUAGAGCAGAAUCUUGAUAUGCUUCGCUGUCUAAUGGGAAAAGCCGAAGGUGAUCCCUUGAGGAUUGUUGGGGUUGGGGCAGGAGCCUGGGGUAGUGUAUUUACUGCAAUGUUGCAAGACAGUUAUGGACACUUAAGAGAUAAGGUUCUUAUGAGGAUAUGGAGGAGACCUGGAAGAUCAGUUGAUAGGGCAACAGCGGAGCAUUUGUUUGACGUGAUCAAUUCAAGGGAAGAUGUAUUGAGGAGACUAAUUAGACGUUGUGCAUACUUGAAAUAUGUUGAGGGAAGAUUAGGUGAUAGAACAUUAUAUGCUGAUGAGAUAUUGAAAGAUGGGUUUUGCUUGAAUAUGAUUGAUACCCCUCUUUGCCCUUUGAAGGUUGUGACCAACUUGCAGGAAGCUGUGUGGGAUGCUGAUAUUGUGAUAAAUGGAUUGCCUUCAACAGAAACUAAGGAGGUUUUUGAAGAGAUCAGUCAGUAUUGGAAAGAGAGAAUCACAGUACCAGUCAUCAUUUCAUUGGCAAAAGGUGUAGAAGCUGAGUUGGAGCCCUUACCACGUGUAAUAACUCCUACCCAAAUGAUCAAUCGAGCAACUGGAGUUCCCAUAGAGAACAUUCUAUAUCUUGGAGGACCAAAUAUUGCCUCAGAGAUUUACGACAAGGAAUAUGCUAAUGCUCGAAUAUGUGGAGCUGAAAAGUGGAGGAAACCAUUGGCAAAGUUUUUGAGGCAGCCCCAUUUUAUAGUAUGGGACAAUGGAGACCUUGUUACUCAUGAAGUCAUGGGUGGCUUAAAGAAUGUCUAUGCCAUUGGAGCUGGAAUGGUAGCAGCUCUAACCAAGGAGAGUGCCACCAGCAAGUCGGUAUACUUUGCACACUGUACAUCUGAGAUGAUAUUUAUCACUCAUCUCUUGGCAGAGGAACCUGAAAAACUUGCUGGGCCUUUGUUGGCUGACACAUAUGUGACCCUUUUGAAAGGUCGGAAUGCAUGGUAUGGGCAAGAAUUGGCAAAAGGGAAACUGAGCCUUGACUUGGGGGAUAGCAUCAAGGGCAAGGGAAUGAUUCAGGGGGUCUCUGCAGUGAAAGCAUUUUAUGAGCUUCUAAGUCAUUCCUCUUUAAGCGUCCUACAUCCGGAAGAGAACAAAGCCGUAGCUCCUGUUGAGUUAUGUCCGAUCUUGAAGAUGCUUUAUGCUAUACUCAUUAAAAGGGAGUUCCCAUCUCAGGCAAUUCUUGAAGCAUUAAGAGAUGAAACCAUGAAUGAUCCACGAGAUCGCAUUGAGAUUGCGCAAAGCCAUGUUUUCUACCAGCCAUCACUUCUUGGCCACCAGCCUUGAUUGCCAACAGAAUGUGUAAUUUUUUCCACCUUCAUCGGAUGUAAGUUUGAUAAAUUAGUGUAGAUUAUUGGCUGGUUUAUAUACACACUGUAGAGGAGGUGACUUCUUAGAACAGGGAAUUUUGUAAUAUUUCAGUUCUUCUUUGUACUUUACUCCAUUGGAACUUUGAAAUUGAUUGUUGAAAUUCGAAGAUUAUACUUUUUGUUGA